AUGAAGAUGGCUUCGCCGGAGGAGGCGGACGCUGUAACACAGGUGUUUUGGAACCUUAACGAGUGCAUGGUACCCCGUGGCGUUGAUCCUCGUAAGAUCGGUCCGUAUAUUAAACGGUUUGUUGAGUCUUAUGGCUAUAUGGGACCUCUCACCAUCACUGCCUUUGGCGUACUAACAGGCUUUCCCGAUAGCAUCCUUAGAGGACUCUAUUCAGGUGGAAUCAAUCUUAGUCACGUCCCCGCAGGUCACAUGGAUAAUAUCAGUGAUCAUAUUACUCUAUUUACCGAGACGGAGCCAGCUCAAGCUAAUAUCAUUUCGAUAUCUGAACCGGACCCUGGUCUUUCUAGUUGGUUUGGACACAUGAUGGGAUACAACUUCCUUCAGCCCUUCUCAUCAUAUCAUGUUUCUUUCAUGAAUUUUCUUCUGGAAGCCGCAUCAUCAGAUUCCGAGGAGGACUCAGAAGCAGAAACAGUUGAUUCUGCCUACUGGGAGUGCUUUGUAUGCAACCGUGAUCCUCCUGCCAAAGGUUUUGAAAACUUAAAAACGCAUCUCGAUGGUGAAGAACAUCAAGAGCUGAUGUUGAACUGGUUGCCCACGAGUCAACGUUCUUAUGCUUCUCCCCCUCCCCGUAAUUCUGAUUCUCAUCUCAAGGAGCUUCCUUUCAUGUCCAUACCCCUGCCACCAACUGAGCCUACUGAGAUAGACCAUAAGGCUGUAACAUGCGUGUUUUGGGACAUCAUCAAGUGCCCGGUUCCCCCUGGCUCUGAUGCUCGCCUGGUCGGUCCGUCUAUCAAACGGUUUUUGGAGACUUCAGGCUACUCUGGUCCUCUCACCAUCACUGCUGUUGGUGUACUAACACAAGUCCCUAUUGACAUCCUGAGAGGAGUCUGUUCCAGUGGCAUUGCUCUUGUGAACGUCCCUUACGGUUCAGGAGACAUUCAGUUACUUAGGGCUGUGUUUGCCAAGAAUAAUCCACCUCCAGCUAAUUUUGUGAUCAUAUCCGAUCCGGACUCUGACUUCCCACCAGCGCCUAGAUACGGCCACCUCUUGCUACCUUCGCUUCCGACAGAUGUAGGAGAACCCGAUGACGAUAAGUGCAGUGAAACGGGUGCAUGUUCCUGCCAUGUUUGCUCAGCUGGCUACCUUGGUCAUUCUUUCCAAAACUUUGAAGAUUUCGCCACGCAUCUCUCUAGUAGAGCACAUCAACGCAGGAUGUUGGACUAUGUGCCUAGGAAUGUUCGAGUUUCAGGCCAACGCAGGACGUGA